AUGGAUACAGAGACCCCCCAUGCGCAAGACAAUGGCUUUGCGCAGUCUCCCUGGGUUGACAUGGGCGGCUUUCACCCUUCCCAGCACUCGCCUCCAAUGGAAUAUCACGGCUUUGGAUACGGUGUGGUGCCAUUAGAUACUUCCUACGGUGUCACGAUACCACCUCCUUAUGCGCCUUUGCCGAUGACCGUCCCUUCCAAUGCCUGGCCCAGCAUGCUCACCACUACUUCUCAGCCGCCAUUCCCGCCGCCAGAACUUCCAGCAGCCCCGGUACAUAUUGCCCCGUCUGUAUCUCCCAUCGCUCCUGUCCCGCCACCCCGAAAGUCGUCCACUAGUAGCUCGACCCCACGCAGGACGCUUACUGAUGAAGACCGCCGGCGCAUGUGUCUUUACCAUGAAGAAAACAAGACCGCCAAACAGACCGAUAUUGGAGCUCUCUUUGGGGUAGAACGAAGCACCGUCUCAAAAGUCUUGCGGCAAAAGGACAAGUACCUGAAUCCUGAAGAUGGGAGCCGAUCGCCCAUCAAAAGGGCCAAGGGCAGGGUCCCGGACAUUGAAAAAGCCCUCGCCAACUGGGUGAGGAACUACCAGCGACGCGGAAAUCGUAUUAACGACGAGAUCAUUCGAGAGAAGGCUCUCUUCUUUGCGAGCACCUGUGGCGGUUCUGACGGUAAAGAGAAGGUGCUGAGCAACAGUUGGCUGGAGAAGUUCAAGCAAAAGAACGGCUUACUCGGCGCAAAAUCACGCAAAGGAUCAUUCAAUGGUACCAAGAGCGAUUCGGAGAGUCCGACUGGUUUGAGUAUCAACUCGGCUCUUGCCUCCGCUGUACAGUCGCCCACCGUGCUUUCCCCCAUAUCGCCUACCGGGUUCGCUUCGCCUUCGCCACUGUCCCCGGUGCAAAGCCAGGAGAAUAUCAGAGGGAGUAUCUCUCUGGGCCCUGGGGAUCUCGGCAUUGACUUUCAACAUACGCACUCCAAGAGUACAAUUUCGCUUGAUACGACAUCUUCUUUCUCGCCUACAUCUACUCUGAUCUCCGAAAGCCCUUUCACACCUACCAGUCAAUCCCGGAUAUCUCCAACCGAUGGAAACUCGAGCAGGCCUCGGAGCCAAACAUUUCCCCUUCCUAAUACCGAUACGAUGACGACGAUGACGGCUGAUCAACCCGAAUCGACGUUUUCUAAGGAGCUUCUACCACUGCAGGAGGAACCUUUCCUGAAGGAAGAGCAGGACCAGAAAAUUGCGCUUAAUAUCGACACAUCCUCCGGUACGAUCAAGAGAAAUCGGAGCAAUCCUGAAAUCCGGGCCAAGACCAUAUAUCCUCCGCUUUACUCGAAGUCCACAACCGUUUCUCCCAUCAGCUCCCCAGGAUCUCCUACUCAGGAUGAAGCCCGCAAGGCCCUGGAGCUGGUAAUGAGCUAUUUCGAACAUCAGCCUUCUGGACUCGGCGCUCAGGAAUAUGUGACCAUUGGCAAACUGAUGGAGAGGCUAGAGCUUGCCAAGAUUCAAGCUCCUCCCACGCUCCCCGGGGGGCUGACUCGCAUCGAUGAGCACGAAGACGCGCCUCAUCUCGUCAAGAAGCGAAGCAUCCAUAAUCUAGGAUAA